UGGUUGGCCGAGGGGAGAGGCGGGGGCGGGGCGGCGGCGGCAGGAAGGCAGGGCGCUGGCGGCGGAGCGGCGGCAGACGCGGGAUGGCUCCGGCGAGGACCAAGCCCACCUCCACCGCACACUAGCCUCCGCUGGGAGAGUGUGCCAACGUCGAGGUUGCGUCUGGCAUCUCUGGGCAUCCCGAAGGGCGAGGGCCAGCAUAGCAGCGGGCAGCAUGUCGGAGGAGACGCUCCUGAGCAUGGACGAGGGCACGCUCCGGAAACUGCUGGAGGCCACCCUGGACCUGGCCGAGCGGCGCCGGAUCCGGUCGGCCAUCCGGGAGCUGCGGCGGCAGGAGCUGGAGCGCGACGAGGAGGCCCUGGCGUCCAAGCGCUUCCGGACCGAGCGGCGGGAGAACAAGGAGAACUUGCUCAGGUCCCGGCAGCUGGAGGAGCAACAGCAGCAAGAGAAAUCCCUGGAUCUUCUCUCCGGGAAGCUUGAAAGCAUCCAGGACGUGGAGGAACUGACGGCCCUGUUGCGCGGGGCCAGUGAGUACGAGGAGCGCAAGCUGAUCCGCGCCGCCAUCCGCAAGUUGCGUGCCGAAGAGAUUGAGGCCUUGGCUGGGAAGGCCUAUUACAGCCAGAGGGGCCCCAAGGAGACCCUCGAGCCCCAGGGCCAAGAAGAGAAGACCACCGACAGAGGGCUCUCCGAGGCUCAGGAGCUGGCCGAGCGGGAGCUGAUCCGGGCCCAGAUCCGGGAGUUGCGGAGUCAACAGCAGGGGGAAGCCAAGGCAACAGACAUGCCCGAAGACUCCUCUCCGGGCACCUUUUUGCUCCUCGAUCCCGUCCCUCGGGAGCCUCCUUCGGAGGAAUCGGAGGAUCCAGAGUCAAGCGCCGAGGGCACCGAUGCCAGCGAUUCCGGGACAGAGGCCAAGGGGCACAGCGCCACGUCCCACCCGGAAGCACUUGAGGCACCGAGACCUCCGGAAAAGGAAGUCCCCAGCGAUGCCAUGCUGGGUCAUCCUGAGUUGCCAGGCAGCAACGGAGGAGGAGAUGCCAGCCGGGCCGAGGAGUCCCAGCCGAGGCCCCCAAGUGAAAAAGAAAAGGAAACGGGCGCAACGAACGAGAAGGCCGAGGCUCUGCCAGCAGCCAACUCCAAGGGCCCGGCCCCCUUAGAUGCCCGCGGCUGCGAAACAGCGCCCUCCGUGCCACCUCCAAAGGGCAGCGCAGAUGCCCACCGGGAGCAGCCUUUCCAGCGAUCGGGCUCGGUCUGGGAACGGGCACGCAAGUUCAGCGCCGAGCCCCCGGCGACAAAGGCGGAGGGUCCCGGCAAAGGCUCCCGGGUCCUGCAGCAGCUGCGCCCCCCCUCCAGAGAGUUCCCGCCUGGGCUGCAGACCCCCAAACGGGCAGCAGAGGUUGGCACAGAGCAGGUGCCCAAACCGACGACCUCCUCCUCCUUCUCGGCCGGCCCCAAAGAGGCGGGCACUCCUGCGGGGCGGAGCCAAGGCAGCCAAUGGCUGGGCGGCAAGCCGAGGGCUGCCUUGGUUGAAAAUGCCAAGGGGAGCACCGGCAGUGCAGAGGAGCCCCAUGCCCAGCCGGGUGGCACCUCCCGCAACCCUUUGGCACAGCCCCACCGGGACGACGACGAGGCCAUGAAAACCCUCUUCACCAUCGAGAUCAAGGAGGGGCGCAGCCAGCCUGUCCGGAGCCAUAUUGUGGGGGCACCCGGCAGCCAGCGGGCAGAGCUGACCCUGGGCUUGAGGAGCACCCCCAUCCGCAUCACCACCAGCAGCACUGGCAGCGGGGUGGGCAGCGCCAGCAGCAGCCACCAUGGCAGCAACUCCAGCCUGCAUAAGAUGGAAACCGAGUUGCCGGAGCCGCCCAAGACGUCGGCGGUGCCCGUUACCAACAACGCGGCGAAGGAGAAGGCCCCGCGCGGGCACCUGAGCGCCGAGGAGCUGAGCAAAAUCGAGGAGGAGGAUGUGCUGGACAAAAUGCUGGAUCAGACGACGGACUUUGAGGAGCGGCGGUUGAUCCGGGCGGCCAUGCGGGAGUUGCGCCAGAGGAAGCGAGAGCAGCGCGAGAAGGAGCGGGACCAGCGGCUGCAGGAGGCCAAGGCCAAAGGGGCCACCCACACCGUGGAGACCACCGCCCGGCAGAGCGCCACCUCUGCAGACGGAUCGGCCGUCAGCACCGUCACCAAGACCCAGCGCCUGGUCCAGUCCAACGAUGGCAGCAAAACCUCCCGCACCAUGACCAUGGAGUCCAGCUACGUCAAGAGAUCCGAAACAGGUGGCAACACCUUCGUCCAGACCAAGUCCUCCUUCAGUUCUUCCUCUAAGAAAGUGGGCAGCAUCUUUGAGCGCGAGGAUGAGAGCCCCGGCCGGGCAGGCAGCUUGGCAGCGCUGGAGCGGCGCCAGGCCGAGAAGAAGAAGGAGUUGAUGAAGGCCCAGAGCUUGCCCAAGGCCACCACUUCGCAGGCGCGCAAGGCCAUGAUCGAGAAGAUGGAGAAGGAGGGCGGGAGCCCGGCAAACCCAGCUGUGUCGCGGGUGGCCGUCCAGCGCUCUGCCAGCUUCGGGGUGCCCAACGCCAACAGUAUCAAGCAGAUGCUCCUGGACUGGUGCCGCGCCAAGACCCGGGGUUACGAUCACGUCGACAUCCAGAACUUCUCCUCCAGCUGGAGUGACGGCAUGGCCUUCUGCGCCCUGGUCCACAACUUCUUCCCCGAGGCCUUCGAUUAUGCCCAGCUCUCGCCGCAGGACCGGCGACGCAACUUUGAGAUGGCCUUCUCGGCAGCAGAGAUGCUGGUGGACUGCGUGCCCUUGGUGGACGUGGAGGACAUGAUGAUCAUGGGCAAGCGCCCCGACGCCAAGUGCGUCUUCACGUACGUCCAGUCCCUCUACAACCACCUGCGGCGCCACGAGCUCCGCCUGCGGCAGCAGCAGUCCUUCUAGCCUCCCUCCCUCCCUCCCUCCCUCCCUCGCCCGCUCUCCCCAAGCGCCCACCCAAAGGCCUGCCACCCGGGGACAGCUUUGCCUGCGACGCCGCACCGCUCCCGCCCCUCUUCCUCCUCCUCCUCCUCCUCCUCGGCAACGACGUGGGGCUGGCAGGGCCCUUGGCCCCCUUGUGCCCGCUCCGAAGGGUUGGCAGGACUUCCGUUGGGAACCGAGGGCCUCCACGCGUGCUUUUGAUAUAACGAUGGUGAUGAUGAUGAUGUCUUGUAAGUUAUUCCUUUUUUAAAAAGAAAAACGUUGUCGCCUCUGCUGUGCCACGACCCACCCCUUCAGUCCCAAACUCGCCCUUGAAAAACUCUUUCAAAGUUCCAACUACAACCUGGAGCGGAUGCUUGGGGGCAGAAGCCUUCGUUGGUAAAGAAGAGGCCCUCCUUGUGCCAGACAGGCCACUCUUUGGGACUACAAGUCUCAGAAUCCCCCAACUGGGGGUUUCUGGGGCGAUGUAGUCCAAAACAGUGGCUGGAAAUUGCAUUCAGUCAGGUCAGGCACUUGGUCCCUUUUGCUCACGACUGGCAUCUCUAACUGGCAAAGGGCCCAUUUUUACCAGGAGAUGUUGGAGUUCAAGCUGCACUCCAAGCCUAUGGUCCUCCGCUCCCCAUCAAAAGAAAUGCAUCAUUCCCAAUGGACUCGGGCAAAAGCAAAACUGCUGCAGCGUGGGCCCUGUUUCCAUCUGCGAAACGUCAGAGGACACGUCACUGGUGCUUUCCCAGCUGGCCAGGCAUCCGUUCCAGGUUUUAGUCUGAGCCUUAGAUAAUCUAUUUCAAAGGUAGAGUCCAGACCUUUGCAGUUUGGGCUAAAAUCCAGGACAGAUGGCAGAUUUGUACUCCCAGAGCCCUCUUUGCUUCCGAGUCUGCCAAAACAGGCACCCAGUUUGCCACUGGCAUAGAUGCCGGCCCCUUUCUGCCAGCCGUUCCAGCCAAGAGAUGCCUAGCGUGCCAGUCCUUGUGCCAGCCCAACGUUUACUUCUGGGCGGGAAGCCACCGAUGGGUGUUAUUUGUGUGUUUCAAACAGCAUCUGUCACAGAGCCUCCCUUUGGGGUCAGAGCUUGGGGGAUGACAGCUCCCAGAAUCCCCCGGGAGUUGAGCUCUUCCUCCUGCACCGCUCUGGGCCACGCGCCAGCUUCUCGCCGUUUGGGCACCGCAUGAGAAUGUAUGUAUUGGGCACCAAGCGAGACAAUAAACGUUUGGAUCGAC